AUGGACUAUCAUACAUUAAGUCUUACUAUUAAGUCCUGCGCUUCUAGAUUGAUUUCUAAUGCCGCCGUGGAACAAGCCUCCGUCUUUAGUGCUGGCGAAGAGGGUGGUGAAGAGGCUAUGAUAGCUCAUGCACCUGCUGGUGAAAGUGAUAGUGUGGUUGUUUAUGUUACCUGCGCUAUGAAAAACGAGGUGAUUAUUGUAGCCCACUUCAGAGACUUCAAAAUUCUUGAUGAAGUUACGCUCGCUGUGGCUAAAUUGAGAGAGGCAGAGCUCUAG